CUAUACUUCAACAAGUCUUUUGAGGCUAAAAAGAACUAAAUUAAGAUAGAACAAACUAUUGUUUUUGCUUUCAUGAAAAAUCACGACAUGUCAAAUUUCGGUGGUAUUUAGUGCUUUUUUUUUUUAGAAGCGCAAAUUAUAUUUUCCUUCGUUCUUUACAUCAUGUCUAGUCAUCAAUCUGUCAUUCUUGACACUUCUAUGGGUCCCAUUCAUAUUGAACUUUAUUGGGAUCAUGCACCAAAAACCUGUAAAAACUUUUAUGAACUUGCUAAACGAGGAUAUUAUGAUGGUGUGAGCUUUCAUCGUAUUAUUGCUGAUUUCAUGAUUCAAGGUGGUGAUCCUACAGGCACUGGUCGUGGUGGUACUUCUAUCUAUGGUGAAAAAUUUGAAGAUGAAAUCCAUCCUGAACUCAAACAUACAGGUGCUGGUAUUCUCAGUAUGGCCAAUGCUGGUCCUAAUACAAAUGGCUCACAAUUUUUUAUCACGUUGGCACCUACACCUUGGUUGGAUGGUAAGCAUACUAUUUUCGGUAGAGUGAGUGAUGGUAUGAACAUUGUCAAAAGAAUGGGUCUUGUUAGAACAGAUGCUUCAGAUCGGUAAAGAGAAGUUAUAAUUUUAUUUAUUUAUUGAUACUAAUCAUGAUCAAACAAUAGCCCUAAGGAUACAGUUCGUAUUGAGAAAUGUCGUUUUGAAUAAAGAAUUAAACAAUGGGUUCAUAUCUUGCAUUGUGUUCAUUACGUUCACUAAAGAGGAAAUAAAGAAUCAAUCCAACAACAGGGAAAAAGAAGACUAAAAGAGACCAGCCUAAUUUGCCAGAAAUAGUUCGAUUUGAGUUCAUGACUUCAAAUAUCACAAUCAAGUCAAGAAUAAGGAUUAAAAGGCCUACAAAGCCUCCACUAUAACCAAGUACUGUAUCAUACAUAUCGGAAUAAGCAAAGAAAACGAAAAGCGAAAGAGAGUGAGAAAAUUACUUAUUAUUUACCCACAAAAAAAA